AUGAGUUACUUCGGCGACGAUCACGACCAGGGUCCGUUCGGAACAUUCCAGAACCAAAAGGACUUCAACCAGAGGAUACUAAUCACCGCCGUAGUUUCCCUAACAGUGGUGUUAGUCUUGGUGUUUGCACUUCACAUCUACGCAAGGUUUUUUCUGAGGCGUCAAACUCGCCGCAGAAGCGCCAUAUACCAACUCAACCUCAACAUGGCUCACCCUCACGGCGAACGACCAAACACUGGACUCGAUCGUGCCCUAAUCACCGCUCUCCCUACCUUCCCCUUCAAACUGCAAAACGACGCCGUUGAGUGUGCCGUCUGCUUGAGCGUUCUGGGAGACGGAGAACACGUCAGACUUCUUCCUAAUUGUAAACACACCUUCCACGUCGGCUGCAUCGACACGUGGCUCGCCUUGCAUUCCACGUGUCCUCUUUGUCGAACCAAGGCCGAACCCCUCCAGCUUGAACCGGUCCAGCGCGAGGGCCCCACCGGGUUCGCCUUCCCCACCGCCCCGCUAUCUUUGGACACCGUGGAGGGCACUUCGGACGGUGCCAAUGGCUCACCUAAAAUCAACGGCUCCAAUUCAAGGUUGAGUUCGUUUCGAAGGAUUCUUAGUAGAGACAGAUCGUCGAGGAGGAUACAACCUUCUACGCUUGAUGCCGUUGAACAAGACUUAGAGACACAGUGA